UCUCAUAUCAUUCAAGUUUUUGCUGACGUCCCCCGCUUAUUCGUAUUUCUGCUAACAACAAAAAUGUUUGCCCACCUGUUAUCUCAUAAUAAAAGAUAAAAUACUAAUCACCAAAUCUAACAAAUAAGUGUUAUUAUCAGGUUGCGAACAUGAAAUUACACUGCGUUAUUUUCUGAAGACACGACGCAAUGAUGAUGAGCCCGUUGUUGUAGUCAUAAAACCUUAUCAAAUAAUUCGUUUCUUUUAGUGGCAUCUACAUCGGCCUACAUAAAAAAGUGAAAGUUUGAAAGUUUUUGAGACUUAAAUUUCAAUGAAAAGUUCAUUGGGCCAUUGCUUUUGGAACAUCAGUUGGUCUUAUUCAUUGGACUUGUUUACUAAGCUUCCUUUUGUUGCUUGUUUGCUAACUGACCCCUAACCGGCUAGUCAACCUUGAAAAUUAUUGCAAAAUGUUGCUGGCCAAUUCCGGUUAUGUUAUGACGCUGGCCAAUGGUAUCAUCGGUGUAGGCAUCUUGGCAAUGCCGUUCUGCUUCCUAAAGUGCGGCAUCAUACUAUCGAUUCUACUACUUGUAGUUAGUAAUUGGAUAACACGCAUUUGUUGUCAUUAUCUUAUAAAGACAUCGUUGCUAACACGAAGAAAAAGUUUUGAACUUUUGGGGUUUCAUGCCUUUGGCACUUCAGGAAAACUGUUGGCGGAGUUGUGUAUCAUUGGCUAUUUGUUGGGUACAUGUAUAACCUACUUUGUUGUUGUCGGUGAUCUAGGGCCUCAGAUUGUGAAGAAAAUGUUAUCGUUGGAGAACGACUAUCAUCAUUUGCGUACCAUUUUAAUGUGUGGUGUUACUUUGGUUUGCAUUAUACCAUUGGGUAUGUUGAAAAACGUUAGCAGUUUAUCGACUGUAUGCACAGCUUCCAUUGGUUUCUAUGUUUGUUUGGUGAUCAAAAUCAUUUUGGAAUCGAAGACCCAUAUCAUGAACAAUGAUUGGACAGGCCAAGUUGUGUAUUGGCAACCUGCAGGAGUUUUGCAAUGUUUGCCCAUCUUUAGCAUGGCAUUGUCGUGUCAAAUGCAACUUUUUGAAGUCUUCACCACCAUCAAUAACCAGAGUCUGGAAAAGUUGAAUGGCAUUGUGCGUAAUGCUACUUGGAUAUGUACCUUUGUGUAUAUAGCGGUGGGUUUCUUUGGCUAUGUGGCCUUUUGUACCCAAACAUUUUCGGGUAACAUUUUGAUCAAUUUGUCACCCUCGUUUGGCAGUGAUGUUAUAAAAAUUGGCUUUGUUCUAUCGGUGGCCUUUAGCUUCCCCUUGGUUAUAUUCCCCUGCCGCGCCAGUUUGUACUCCUUAUUGUAUCGCAAGGGACAAAUGGAUGUAUCCGCCUAUAUACCCGAGACAAGAUUCAAAAUCAUUACCUUGUUCAUAGUGAUAUUCUCUUUGUGUGUGGCCUUAAUGAUACCCUCGGUUGAAUUGAUUAUAGGUCUUGUGGGCUCCACUAUUGGCGUGGCCAUUUGUAUCAUGUUUCCAGCUGCCUGCUAUCGUUCGAUUAUACGCAAAGACACCAUGGAGCGCAGUUUGGCCCAGCUUAUAAUUAUAUGUGGAUUUUGUCUUAUGAUACUGGGAACAUAUGCAAAUCUAUCGGCCAUUGAUGAAAAAAGUUCUGGAGCUCAUUUGGAAGUACCGAAAAUCAAUGAAAAUCUUUUAAAGCCCACAGAGAUACCGCCCGAUUUUUUGGAUGAGAAAAUUAAAAACAUUGAAAAGGCCAUUGAACAGAAAAUGGCCAAGGAGGAGGCAGAGGAAAAGAGUCUACAAGAUUCGCAACAAAAUAUUGCUCAACCGCCAAUAGUGAAAGUUAAUGUAACUCAAGUAGCGCCUGAAGUGCAGAAACCCUCACCCCCACCGUUGCCAGUUGAUGAGGUGCAUUCUGAUGGUAAAUUGGAAGGGAAACCCCAGGUGAAACCUGUAAUAGUACCAAACAAAAUCCAGGAGGCUUCACCAGCACCACCACCAAAAGAGGUUGCCAACCAAAAGGAAAGCCAUGAUAAAGCCAUAGAUAAACCUUCAGCACAGCCAUUGGAAAUUAAAAAAGAUGUGGCCCAAAGUCCCAAAAGCAUUCAACAACAAACCAUAGACACUGAUGCCAUAAAAAAGGACGAAGAAAUAGCCAAGGAAGAAUUGAAAUUGGAAAAGAAGCAGGAAAACGAAGAACUUAAAAAAACCAAAGAAGAAUUGGAGAAAACUAAAGAUUUGCUGGAGAAAAAGGUAGAGGAACUCAAAGAAGAGUUGGUCAAACAAAAUCAGCAAACCCAAAAUCUGGUAGUCGAGAAACUAGGCGAAGUUGUGGAAAAGUUUGAAGCCAUUGAACGUAAGGUGCAACACCAACAAGACGAACAGGCCCCACCACUCUCGGAAGAACAAACAGCCAAAGAGAAACCUAAACCAGAUUUGGACUUAAACCUUUCUAAUAACUCCUAUGCAAAUACAAAUAACAUAAAGCCUAGCAAGGGAUCCCUAAUCUCUAUUCUAAGCGAUAAUAGAAAUUUAAGCAAAACUCCACCCGCUGAAAAUCAGGUGUACGAACCGCUUUCAUACAAGACGGGCGAGUUAAUAGAGAACACUCGCAAUGGCAGCAAUUUGGAAAAACGUCUUCCGCUGCCCUUGGCCCUCUUAAUGAAUGCUUCACAAACCAAAUUAAAUGAAAACAAUGGAGAAAACAAACCCCUGGAAAUACAAACUUUAAAUAGCACUUCCAAUAAUAACAGCAAAGAUGAUGAAAAGAUAAAUAUCGAUUCGAUAAGACGAGAACUUUUACAACUACGAGAAAAUUCCGAGGAAAAACCUUCCCCACAGCAAGAAAGUCAUCGCAAUAAACGCUCCUUUGGCAACAGCAGUGGAAAUCAAAAUAUAAAUUGUCUACCCGAUCCUAAAAUCGAUAAUCUUUUGGCUUCCAGCAUAGCAGAUGGUGGCGGAGGUCUGGAAAUGAAAAUAGGUCGGCAACUAAAAUCCAUUAACCCUAGCGAAGACUAAAUAAAAUUCUAAAAUGGCCCAAUUUUUUUAAAGACAGGAAAGCCAAAUGCCAAGAAAAAGAAAUGUUAACACGAGAUAUUAAACCACCCUAAGAUAAUAACUUAAGACAGAAUAAAAAACAACUCUAGUUUUACAUUUUACAACUCGCAUUUAGUAGAACUAACUACCUAUGUACGAUGUGUAGCCGCCAAGCUGUUACGAUAUAUUUUUGUUACAAAAACUCUACUGAAACAGAUUCAGAAACAAAUCCCGUAAUUGUAGAAACUGAAAUACGAAAAUGUACCUUUUUAGUAUUGUUUUAAGAUAAACUAAGAUAUAAUCUAUGCACGAAUACUUUUUUUUAAUUUAUUUAUUUGUAAAUAAAUGACCUACCUGUAUGUAUAAGUUUUAGAAGAUAGUAGUUGAAAAAAAACAGAGAGACUUUUAAUGAAAUAUACACCGUAAAAACGAAAAAUAUGUGAAUCUUAUCAUUGUAACCAUAACAAACUAAGGUUAAAACCAGCGUUGUGGAGGCGGAAUGGAAAAGUUUUGUUCAACUCCUACUGCGGCCAGUAGAACAUACUUAAGAACAUUUUUUUGGAAGUACUUACAUAUACCACCAUACGAUCCAUUUCCGGAACUCUAAGU